AAUUAGUUAAGUUUUCUUCAGUCAAAUCUGUCUCUUUUCCUUAUCUUUUCCCAUCAUCUUUUCUCAUCCCCUUAUAUCCACCCCCUCUUCCUCACACUUCCACUAACAAAUUCAAACACACAACGUUUCCCUUCUCUCCAUAACAUCACAACUCUCUCUCUCUCUCUCUCUCUCUCUCUCUCUCUCACUACUUAAGCAAACUACCUAUCAAUCUUCAUUUGGGAGAUUUGGUGUUUCUAGCUCAAAUUUAUCCAUAAUUUCCAUAAUUAUCACAACUUGAAGCAUUAUUUUUAGUUUCUUUUUGAGUUCACAUUUUUGUAAAUGGAGAAGAGGAAGAGCAUGGAGUGGGAGCAGAAGAGUCUAAGCAAUGAGCUAACUCAAGGGAAGGAGCUGGCGGAGCAGCUGAUGAGCCACCUCCACCAUUCUUCCUCACAAGAAACAAAAGACUUUCUGAUUUCAAAGAUACUUUUUUCAUAUGACAAGGCACUCUCACUGCUCACAGGCAGUGGGGAUGGCUCUGACGGAGAAUCCAAGCACAUCGCAGCUCAUGAAAGUAUGUUGGAAUCACCAACUUCAUUUGGCAAUAGUAGCCCAUUGAGUGAGAUCUCUGACCAAGAUUGCAAGGAAAAUGUCUUCAAAAAGAGGAAAACAAUGCCCAGGUGGACUAAGGAAGUGAAGGUUUCCACUGGAACAGGGUUAGACGGGAGUCUUGAUGAUGGCUAUAGUUGGAGAAAAUAUGGCCAAAAGGAUAUCCUUGGAACUAAUCAUCCAAGAGGCUACUACAGAUGCACACAUCGUGGCACACAGGGUUGCGUAGCGACCAAGCAAGUACAGAAAUCAGAUGCAGACCCAACAAUCUUUGUGCUAACCUACAGGGGAUUACAUACUUGUAGCCAAGUCUCACGGUCAGCUAGGGUUAAAGAAGAGUUCAAAGGCAACCAAAAUAAAACCCUAGAAGUCGAAAAACCGAAUCAGUUUUCAACGGAGAUGUCAUUCAGUUUCGGAAGAGCAGGGCUUAGGGUUAAAACUGACCAUUUGGACACUAGAGAGAAUGAUAUAUUUCCAUCAUUCUCCUUCCCUUCCACUCCGAUUGAAUCCGAAAAUGUUGGGGACCAUAUUUUUAGCGCAAUUAUGAUGGAGAGCAAUUUGAUGGAUGACUAUGCUCCGGUAUUUGGAUCUCCAGCAACAACAUUUGAGUCGGACUACUUGACAGUGUCACCGUGCCAUGUGAGCAGUUUCGGACUAGUGCAUGAAGUGCAGACUUCAGAAUCUGGUCUCACGGAGAUAAUCUCAGCUCCAACUUCAGUCACCAAUUCACCAAUUGGGGAUUUUGACUUCUCAAUUGAUGAUUUGGAAUUUCACCCAGAUUAUUUUGGCUUAAAGUGUUAACUUUUUCCUUCUCUACUUUGGAAAGAAAAAAAAAAAACCCUAAAAAAAUUGCAGAGAGAUAAAUGAGGCUUGGAAGAGAGGUUCCUCUGUCUAGUUAGUUAAUUUUUUUUUGUCCAGGUAGUUAUUAGAAGUAGCGUGUUAGGAAGCCUUUCUGUGUGUCUUUACCUUUCUUUUUCUUCUUUCCACUUCUAGCCUCAUUGAAUUGUAAAUUCUUUGGUCCAAGAGGAUUAGUGCUGAUUUAAAAAAAUAAAAUGCAGUCUUGAUCAAA